UAAAUAUAUGAAUUGCUAAACCCUAAAUUCAAAAUCAAUCUUCAAUGGGUUACCUAUCAUGUAAAACACAAUCAUCAUCCAUCAAUUCCAUUAUCUCCAAUCAUCAUCAUCAAAUCGAAAUCAAAGAAUUUCAAUUCAGAGAACUCGAAAUCGCCACCAAUGGUUUCUCCGAUCAAAAUCUAAUCGGAAAAGGUAGUCACGGUCAUGUCUACAAAGGUAUACUCAAAGGAGGCCAAAUCAUUGCAGUAAAAAAGGCGAUAAUCGUCGAUUCUUCCAAUCAUGGAAUCGAAAAUGAAAUCGAGAUUCUCUGUAAGUUGAGAAACCCUAACCUAGUUAAUCUCGUCGGAUUCACCGCCAUUGAUCGUCGUUGUCGCCGAUUGCUUGUUGUUGAAUUCAUGAGUAAUGGAAAUCUGUACGAUUUUAUGCAUUCGAAGAAUUCACGAUCGCCGAAUUGGGGACGAAGAAUUCGAUUAUCUUUGCAGAUUGCUAAAGCAAUUCAUGGCCUCCAUUGUUUGAAUCCUCCGAUAAUUCAUCGCGAUAUCAAGUCUGCCAACGUUUUGAUAGAUCGUAAUUUCAACGCCCGACUAGGUGAUUUCGGACUUGCUCUACGAUGUGGAGAAAGAGAUGUUUAUCGUCUUCGCUCUACCCCUCCAGCGGGAACAAUGGGAUAUCUCGAUCCCUUUUAUGUGACACCAGAUAACUUGAGCACAAAAAUAGACGUCUUCAGUUUCGGAGUUCUUUUGUUGGAGAUUAUAAGCGGUAGGAAGGCAAUAGAUGUCAGACAUUCGCCAUCUUCGGUUGUGGAUUGGGCAAUACCGUUGAUUCGUCGGGGGAGGAUUUUGGAAGUUUUUGACCCGAGAAUCGAGCCUCCGAAGGAUCCGAGAGUGAGAAAGAAUUUGGCAGUUAUUGCAACUAAAUGUGUGAGGUCUUGUAUAGAGAGGAGACCAUCGAUGAAGGAGAUAGUUGAGAGUAUUGAUGAAUUGUGCAAAUUUGUUCCUCUUCAUUCAUGGAACGGAAUUGGGAAGCCGUGUGCGAUGAUUGAAACGAUCGAAGGAGUAGUUGAACGGAGGAGCUUCGACAGGUUGAAUGCGAAAACUCUUUCAAAAGUCGGAGAUUUGAUGGUUAAAGAAUGUAAAGUUGUUGAAGUGCAAUAAUUUAAUGUUCAAGUCAAAUAUAGGUAACAA